ACAUGAGGGAGGAACUGUUUCUGACCCAAGCACUGCCGUGACAAUAUCUGCAAAGCAAAGAAGACACGUCUGCUUAAAGCUGUAAGGAGCUGGGCUAAUUCUUCUUCCAAACAUUACAGGAGGUGAAGCACCAUGGGGAAACACAACAGCAAGCUGGCUCCAGAGGUCCUGGAUGACCUUACCAAGAACACUGAAUUCAAUGAGGCAGAGCUGAAGCAGUGGUACAAAGGCUUCCUCAAAGACUGUCCCUCAGGCAUCCUCAACCUGGAGGAGUUUCAGCAGCUCUAUGUUAAGUUUUUCCCGUAUGGUGAUGCUUCCAAAUUCGCCCAGCAUGCGUUUCGGACAUUCGACAAGAACGGUGACGGGACAAUCGACUUCAGAGAGUUCAUCUGUGCCCUGUCCAUCACCUCCAGGGGCAGCUUUGAGCAGAAACUCAACUGGGCCUUCAACAUGUAUGAUCUGGAUGGAGAUGGGAAGAUAACCCGUAUGGAGAUGCUGGAGAUCAUUGAGGCCAUCUAUAAGAUGGUUGGAACUGUGAUCAUGAUGCGCAUGAACGAGGACGGGCUGACCCCCCAGCAGCGUGUGGACAAGAUCUUCUCAAAGAUGGACAAGGACCACAAUGACGAGAUCACCCUGGAAGAAUUCAAAGAGGCCGCCAAGUCUGACCCGUCCAUCGUGCUACUGCUGCAGUGUGACAUGCAGAAGUAGAAAGAGGGAUGGGUAGAAAAACGGAAGGAGGGAGGGGAGGGAGAGUUGAACUGGAUGGAGGAUGAGAGAAAAAGAAUGGCUGAUGCUAAAAGGGAGUGAUUCAGUCAGGGAGAGAAGGAGGUAGGGAAACACUUCUGUAUUUGAGGCAGUAAGAUGGGAAAACAGCGGACACUCCGUUGAUGCCAUUCUUUGUCUCCAGCCGUCCCACUGUGAGACACACUCCUGCAGCUCUUUUGUUCUGGACAAAGUGUCUUCACUAAUCCAAUCUGGUUAUCAGCAGAAACUCCUUCUGCUGCUUUGGCACAGACAUCAGAAAUGUUUCAGGAUCAGUGUGGAACCUUUGUGUCUCGGAUGUAAGAUUCUUAGACACAUGGUGACCGCAGUGAAAAGGUUCUUAUUUCUAAAACCAUCAAUUUUAGGACU